AUGCCGACCUUAAAGCAACUGACCUGCACGCUCGAGAAGGAGCCGUCGCGCUCUCCUCUCAAAGAGUUCAGCACCAACUACAGCGAUGGCUUCGUCGAGGCCUAUGUCGCCGUCCCCGAGCAGCGCACCGGAUUCAGCCUUAACCUCAGGUCGAAUGGCUACAUCGCGCCAGGCCUAGCCAUCUUCGUCUACAUCGACGGCGUCUAUCAAUGCAAUCGCCACCGUCAGGGCCUCAUUCCGCCCGAUGGCACCAUCCCUUCGGAUUUUUACGAAGUCAACUUCCGCGUCUCGCAGAAGGAGGAGAAGAUUGCCAAGGGCCAGUUCGUUGGCCGCGCCUGGAGCUUCGACAGCCUCAACAUCGCAACUGCGGACAAGGCCCCCAAUGUUGACGACACCAUCCUGGGCAACCUUGGCACCAUUGAGGUCGUUGUUCUCCGUACCAAAGCACCUUCGGCGGAGCCUGCGCCUGGUGCCGCGGCACAAAUUCUACCUGCCCAGCCCACUUCGGGAAACACUGGAAAAGCGGGCAAGCAGAAGGCUGUCAAGGUCAAGCCAAAGCUCGCCCCGGGUAAUGGCACGCUCGACGGCACCGAAGACUUUGUUGCGGUCCAGGACUUCGGAGCGGGCCUUGAUGGUCCCAACGACUACCGCCAUCACGAUCAGACGUAUGACUGUCACUACCACGACGACAGGCGCCAUCGUCCUCGCCACUCGCACGACUCCUACCACAGGAGGGCCUCUCGAAGCCCGCCUCCUCCCCGUGACUUCGGCCCUUCAUAUGCCGACUACCUGCGCUGGAUAGCCACUCAUCCAGAUGCCGCUGUACCCUCCUGUGGUCGAGUGGCGCAGAGAUCUAGCAGCUACUACGAGCAGUAUCGUCCCACCGAUGUGGAGCGCAACCAGCAUGGUGAAACCCCCAUCACCCAGCGGCAGAGGCGCCGUGUUCGUGCAAGCGACGGUAUUCCUCAGAACAAACCCUACGAAUAUUGGGUCUUCGAAGGGUCUAACUUGGAGAUAGGAGACUGUUUCCCCCAUGCAGCACAUAAGCCAACUUCUUCAGCCUCUGUGUCGCACGUCGCGUCCCAAAACGGGUCCGAGGCUGCUCGCCGUCCUCGCACGAGUGGAGAUGCACGUCGCGGUGCUUACAGCAACAUCGACACCCGCGAAGUCGCUCGUGUGAGGGCUUCAGAUCAAGUAAGUCUCCACGUCCGAUGGGAUGGUAGUCGUCUCAGUCUUGAGGGACGCGUUACCGACCCAGUUCGACAGAUCCCGAUCCGCUCCGGUCAUGGUGCAAACGUCAAGGACUCCUCGUACCGCCUCGGUCAAGAAGACGAGAGCCUUGCGAGCUCUAUGCACCGUCCGGACCCGAUGUAUAAUCCGCGCUACCCGCCCGACGAAGCUACUUUGCAGAAACACCGCAACGCCAGCAGCCGCGAUGGCACGAGCAAGAUGCCCGGCGGUUGGGACGACCCUAAGGAUAGCGCCAGAGCCCCGAACCCCUUCGAGGGGCGCUUCAUCGACAACGAGAAGCCGUCUGCAUCGCAUUCGAACAGGGGUGAAUUGACCAGUGCUUUCGAUGAUGCCGGAUGGGACAUAGCAAACGAACAGGGUCACCACGGCGGUGGUCAAUCCAGCGGUCAGAAUUGGUUUGAGGUUAAUGGCGCUGGUCAAAAUACCGCCGGCUGGGGUGAUAACCACCAGAACGGCCAGAGCGGCUGGAAUGGCAAUGGCUCAGGCGGUGCUGGCGGUAACGCGGGAUGGGGAGCGACCGGUAUUCAAGAGCAGGCGACUCAGCAAGACACGGGCGCCAGUGCUGGUUGGGGGGACGGGAACAAUGGAAACAUCAGCUUCGGUGCUAACAACGCUGGCGGAUCCGGGUGGGAAUUCAAUACUGCUGGUAACAACGCAGGCACCUCCGGCUGCCAGCAGACGUGGAACAAUGAUAACUGGGGCGGCGGUGCAGACACCACCGAACAAAAUGGCGGGCGGGCCGUCCAAGAUGACGCUGUGGGCAACGCUGCGGACAACACUGGCGGUGGGUGGAGCCAGGACAAUGCCGGAUUUGACUGGUCCACCCCUGCGGACAACACUGCCCAGCAGACUCCAGCCGCGAAAAACUGGGCCGACGAUGCCGCCCCAGCCACCGCAGCGGCAGCCGCUCCCGCCGUCCAGCAAUUUACAGCUCCGGCCGCCGCGAAACCCACCAGCUCGCACAAGGCCAGCGGGUCCAAGGCGGCCUCCUCCUCCUCCGCCGCCGCCGCCGCCAGCACCCGCGCCCACAAGCCCGUCGUCCCCGACCAGCCCUUCAUCAAAAGCUACUGGCAAAACACGGCCCCCCGCGCUCCCCCGGCCGCGCCGUACCCCCAGCCCAAGCGGUCGGCGGACGCGGCCACGGAGAUCUUCGCCCCCUCGGAGGCGCCCUACGUCGUGCCCGAGCGCACCGCGCGCGAGAAGCUCGUCGACAGCUACGUGCACCACGGCAAGGCGUACGGGUACGCGCACGCGACGGCGCGGCCGGCGUACAUGGACACGCUGGAGAGCCCGUACGCGGUGUUUCGGUUCAAGUACCGGAGCGGGGAGAUGCUGGCGCGGAUCUUGGGGAGGAGGGGCAAGGAGGAGGUGGAGAGGGAGAGGGCGAGGGAGAGGGCCGAGGAGGAGAGGAGGGGGUUGGCGGGGUUGAGCAGGGAGGAGUUGGUGGAGCGGCUGUUGGCGGAGGGGAAGGGGAAGGAGAAGGAGGCGAGGAAGAGUGUUGCUGGUGGUGGUGGUGGGAGUCAGAAGAAGGCGGGUGGAAGUCAACAGAAGGCUUCGAGUGUCGGGGCUACUUCGCAGCCGAAACCUAUCAACCAGUGGGCGAAUGAGGUUGCUGUUGCGACGGGAUCGGUGGGGAAGGGGAAGGGCGCCUCUGGCACCGGCGAGGCCUUGGUGUGCGACAGGUGCAAAAACGCCCUCGGCAGCGAAUGGUGGUCCUGCAAUGUCUGCGGCGGCGACGACGACACCUACGACAUCUGCUGCCCCUGCGUGGAGAAGAAGAAGCGCUGCAAGGACAGCUCCCAUGAUCUUAUGAAGUGGAAGGAUAACGUCACCAUGGUCAACGGCGAGCCGGAACCUGGGCCAAUAAUUGGCGAGAUCCUUCGCGGCAUCCCGAAGGGCUCCAAGAACAAGGGUGGCAAGAGCGUCGCCAGCGGAGGCAAGAAGAACGGUGGUGGAGGCAACAACAACAACAACAACUGGUCUGGCGGUGACGCUGGUGCUACCAACGGCGCUGACAACGGCGGCGGUUGGGAAUCGUGGCCUGCCGAUAACACCGGCGGUGCUUCUUGGGGUGCCGUUGAUGGCGAUGCCGGUGGCGCUGAGAGCAAGUGGGCCAUAUAG